AGAAAGGCUGUCUUGAACAAUAAGAAAAAUACUUAGGAAAGAAAAGAAUCUUAGCAGCAUAUGAGUUCAUCUGCAAAUCUGAUCCAUCAUAGCCAGUUUGCCCGCGGCGAAUUCGGUUCUGUCAACUUAAGCACCGAGAUUUGAGCAAGAUGACUCAGGACGUUGAAAUGAAAGAUAACCAGACCCCUUCUCAGUCGAUCAUCUCUUCUACUACCUCCACGAUGCAGCUUUUGAAGGAGAUAGCAGCGUUGAUCGAUACUGGGUCUUACACGAAGGAGGUUCGCCGUAUUGCUCGUGCUGUGCGUCUCACUAUAGGGCUUAGGCGGAAACUCACCGGCUCCGUGCUCUCUUCCUUCCUGGAUUUCGCUUUGGUUCCAGGAUCCGAAGCUCACUCUCGCCUUUCCUCGUUUGUUCCCAAGGGUGAUGAACAUGACAUGGAAGUUGAUACAGCUUCAUCGGCUACACAAGCUCCUUUAAAGCACCUACCUGCAGAGCUCGAGAUUUACUGCUACUUCAUUGUUCUCCUUUUUCUGAUUGAUCAGAAAAAGUACAACGAGGCCAAAGAAUGUUCUUCAGCAAGCAUUGCUCGCCUGAAGAACGUUAACAGAAGGACCAUUGAUGUGAUAGCGUCAAGGCUAUAUUUCUACUACUCCUUGAGUUACGAACAAACAGGCGACCUUGCUGAAAUCCGAGGUAACCUUCUUGCCUUGCAUCAUUCUGCAACACUGCGCCAUGAUGAGUUGGGUCAGGAAACACUUCUGAAUCUGUUGCUUCGUAACUACCUGCACUACAAUCUGUAUGAUCAGGCAGAGAAGCUGAGAUCAAAGGCACCUCGAUUUGAGGCACAUUCAAACCAACAGUUCUGUAGGUAUCUCUUUUACCUCGGGAAGAUCCGAACCAUCCAGCUAGAGUAUACAGAUGCAAAAGAAAGUCUCCUUCAGGCAGCUAGGAAAGCCCCUAUUGCAGCUCUAGGCUUCAGAAUCCAAUGCAAUAAAUGGGCGAUUUUGGUUCGCCUGCUGCUUGGCGAGAUUCCAGAGAGGUCAAUAUUCACUCAGAAGGGGAUGGAGAAGGCCUUGAGGCCGUAUUUUGAGCUGACGAAUGCGGUGAGAAUUGGAGACUUGGAGCUGUUCAGGACAGUCCAAGAGAAGUUCUCAGACACAUUUGCUCAAGAUCGAACCCACAAUCUCAUCGUAAGGCUCCGGCACAAUGUCAUCAGGACUGGACUUCGGAACAUAAGCAUAUCCUACUCAAGAAUCUCCCUUCCUGAUGUCGCCAAAAAGCUGAGGCUGAACUCCGAAAACCCUGUGGCUGAUGCUGAAAGCAUCGUGGCAAAGGCCAUACGUGACGGAGCCAUUGACGCCACCAUAGAUCACAAGAAUGGGUGCAUGGUGUCCAAAGAAACAGGCGACAUCUACUCGACGAAUGAGCCACAAACAGCCUUUAACUCAAGAAUCGCUUUCUGCCUCAAUAUGCAUAACGAGGCGGUGAGGGCUUUGAGGUUUCCUCCUAACACCCACAAGGAGAAAGAGAGCGAUGAGAAGAGGAGGGAGAGGAAGCAACAGGAGGAAGAGUUAGCUAAGCAUAUGGCUGAGGAAGACGAUGAUGAUUUUUAGAGAAAGGUAUUCUCCGCGGUAGAGUUUGUUCACCUCUCACUCUGUUUCUUGUUUCUGCUCAAACUCUACUUUUUACUGUGCCCUUCCGUUCUACUAAAUGUUUUAUUGAGGAUGUUUUUUACCAUCCGGAUAGUUAUUGUACUUUUUUACUAUGGUUUCAACUUUAGGGAAAGAGACAUAUAUUGUUGGUUUCAGAAGAUUGGAAUCUUUUCAACUUCGUUUAAUUGUGUUUGGGAGACUUUCGCAUUUAAGAAUUGGAUACUUUUACUCUUUUUGCUAACUGUAUUAGGCGGGUCAUUAUUAGAACAUUGGC